AUGGCUAAUCCAAAGGAGGAAUACAUGCAGAUUGCUAAAAGAGCCUUGAGGUACUUAAGAGGUACUUUGGAUUUUGACUUAUUUUAUAGAAAAAGGAGUGCAUCAAAACUUUUGGCAUAUACUGACACUGAUUAUGCAAGAGAUAUAGACGACAGAAAGAGUACUUCAGGGUAUGUGUUUCUACUAAGUGAGGCAGCAGUUUGUUGGAGUUCGAAGAAGCAAGCCAUCAUUACAUCAUCCUCUACUGCAAUUGAAUAUGUGGCGGAAAAGUCAUGUGCUUGUCCCUGUGUUUGGAUGAUAUGGAUUCUUGAACAAAUUGGAGAUAAAAAUUAUGAAUGUAUUGAUAUUCUUUGUGACAAUAGUUCAUCAAUCAAGCUCUCUAUAAAUCUCGUGAUGCAUCGGAGGACUAAACACAUUGAUGUCAGAUAUCAUUAUUUACGUGAUCUUUCAAAUCAGGGAGUUGUAAAGUUGGUUUUCUAUGGAACAUAA